UUCUCUUUUUUAAUGGUAAAACAAGAGCUAAUGCUGAGUGUCUGUAGUUAAAAAAUGCAGAUUUGCAUCUUUCUUCUCUUAUAACUUGACUAUUACUUCUUGCGCAGAUUAAAAAUUUCUCAUGAAUGAGGAUAAAAGACGUGAUAUUCGUAGUCUGUUUAAUACAGAUUUUGGAGAGAUCUGUCGUGCCGUUUUUAAAUAAACAAUAAUUUAUUCAUACGUUUGUUACUAAAAUAGGACAAAUUGGGUACUCUACGAACGCUUGUCUAGAACUUAAACUGAUGCACUGAAAUUAACCGUUCUAACACAGAAUAAAUCUCCAGACAUUGAGCUUUUAGUACAUCAGUGUAAUGGUUUGCUGUGUGGGAUGGGGAAGAAGUUAUAUCGUAUCAAACGUACACAAAAAUGUGAACUUCUUAACCGACACCGGCAAAGUCACUUCAGGACUUAUUUACCCCGUGACCCGGAGUUGGGGAGCCCCGGUGGGCUGCUGAGUCACCCUAACUAAAAGUAACAGAAUCGGACGAAAAGUGACGCUGUGUACAUUUCAUUGAGAACUUUUCUUCAAUGCCCAGGGAGAAGUUUAAUCAGAAACCCCACUUUUAAAUUAUUGAGAUCUGAAUAGACACAGUUAUUCAUUUUGUCAGGAUUCUAUUUAUCACUUGUUGAAUAACAAAGCCUCCUAAUAAACAAUAUCAUAGUCAGACUGACCUUGUUAUGGGUUCUUCACUGGAAAGGGUUGGGGGCGGGGGGAUUCUCAGCUAUUUAGACUGUUUUAGCAUGUUUUACUUUCAGCCAAACAAGUUAUUGUAAAAGAAAAAAAAAGUGAGUAUAAUUUCAAUGAGAUGUAUGUUUUUUAUAAACUGUUGCUUCUGUUUUCUGCUUCUUCCAGACUGAGGCUACUACAACGAGUGUUGUCCAGUUCACGUUUGCCGCUCCGUCUGGUCACUGCUGUGAUGAGCUGGAAGUCAGAGUUGUUCAAGCAGCCCCAGCAGGACAAGUUUCCUUCAGGACGUGGUCAUCAUGCCCACCAACAACAUCUUGUGGACUCACCUCCCCAAGACAACUCCAGGGUCUUCGUGUCGGGAAAUGGAAAAGAUCAGACAAAGUUUGAACACUCUGCAACAGGUCCCAAUCCUAGAAGAGUUUCAGGGGCUCAGAGAGAUGAGGUGGCGGGACUGUUGGAUAAAUUUCCUGAGAAAACGAAAGCAGGUUCAUUUGAUUAUGAAGCCCAGCAGAGUCAGGGGCAAGGAAGUUUGAAGUCGAGUUCUUUAGGAACCGGAAACACAACGAGCACCGACCCCACAGGGGAUUCGUUUAAAGUACACGAUAAAAUACUACAAAAGAGGAAUCCGAACCGUGGAAUGUUGAGGGCAAAAAGUGUUGAGUUUAAUUUUAACAGCUCAAGUACGGAUGGGAGUGUGUUCGAUUAUGAAAGAGCUGUAAGUGGGAUGCAGCAAGGAGCCAUUCACUCUGAUGGUGGCCUUAGAGUCCCCCAAGACAGAUCGUAUGCCAGAAAAGUUCGAAGAGGAGAACGGUCACUGAGGUCAGGCCUGCAUUCUUCUCGCAUUCCACGAGCGGCCCUGAACGAUGAGCAAGCUUUCUCUGAUCCAUCAGAGAUGUUGGGUCAUUCCAAGCAUCCCUCCAGAGGCGAUACUUCUACAUCGUUGCAUACAUCAUCCUUUGGCAGAGACAGGGAUGUAGGUGGUAGGGAAAUACAUACUGAUGAUGGCAGAACUGAUGAAAUGAUGAGCGAACGUAGUUUAAGGAGGUUUGCUCAAGCAGAUCCUUCAGCGUCCUCCAUGAAAGACACUCAUUACAGAACCGGUCACUCAGAGAAUCCGUCGUCUCUUGAUAUGGACUCGGACGAGAGGUUUGUGCGGCUUACAUUCACCCCAAAAGACAAACUGUCAUCUGGUUCGGUAUUCAAUUUUAACAUGGGUUCUCCCUCUACCGUUCCAGGAGCGCACACAGCUGCCCAUAUGAUGAGCAUCAAUCAUCCCGAUACAGAGACGGAAUCCGGUAUCGAUGCAACAGAUGCUCUGGAUCCGUACGACAAAGUUAUAAAAAAGAUCAGGGAAAUUUCUUCCAGUAGUGUAUCAAACGUAGAAAAACUGCAACAAGUUUGCUAUCUCUUGUCCAUAGACAGCCCCAAUGACCGAAAUGUUGAGAAUAAAGACAAGUUCAAAUCUAAUCUUUCUCAUUCUACCAUGGACUUGCGGCCUAGAGAACUACAAACAUUUCCAAAUCAAGACUCAAUUGACUCUAAUACAAGGUCAUUUUCUCAGAUGGAGAAAACAGAGAGACCUGUUGAAACAGUACAACGAAUGAAAAAGAAUUUAGCCAAGUCAAUGGAGGAGCUGAAUUCUCUCAUAGGGCAUUCUGAAAAUCCUGUUGAACCUUCAUCCAGUGAUAAGUAUUUUUCUCAUCAUUCUACAGGCUUAGAAAAGGGGAGAUACAAGUCAGAGUUAAAAAUUCACCCCGUGUACAAUAAACCAAAUGUUCUCAUUCACAGUAAAGAGGAAGUGCUCCCUUCAAGCUCCCAUCCUCAGAGCAGCAGCUUUGACCUAUCGAAUGCGUCGUCAGCACCUCUUCUGAAGAAUGAUUCUCAAUAUCAAUGGCCUCAGAAUGAAAUGACCAUGGAUGUUGCUUCUAAGAAACUUUCAUUUUCCUCAAAUUCCAUCAAUGCACUAGAAGACUCCAGGUCUCAUUUUGACCUCUCAAGACCAAGAUAUGAAGAGAGUCCCCAAAGUGACCAUAUGUCACAGAGUCCACUUGACAAAUAUUCACAACCGCCAGACUUUCGGGACAAUUACUCGCAACAACUAAGAAGGACUAACCCGUCAAGACCCUCGAGUUUAAAUGUUUUCUCAAACCGUAACUUCAUCUCUCCGUCUUUUCUACGUCCAGCAUCAUCUAUGAGAGAUCUUACUUCUUCAGGCCAACACCCUCUCACUUUGGAGUUGCUCAGAGAAAUUGAAAUUGACGCAGAGUACCAGACACUUCAGGCCUUGGAAGAACUGGACAUUUUGAAAAAUCUGCACGAAGAUUUUGCAUCAAACGAAUACCCUUACUCUAAGUAUGAAGAUGAGGAAAGAGAUCCUCCAGAGGAGUUUCGCCGAACUCAAAAGUUUGGUGAUAAUCCAGACUAUUCAGCUUUUCAGAGACUAGAAGGUUCUAGAGAACAAAGCUUUGGAUCUGACAGCCGACAAGACGCAAAAUCUGAGCACGUGAAUGAGUUUGUAGUUCAGUCAUGUCUGCACGCAGUGGAAGCUAAGUCUAAUGAAGCUGGUGCCAUGAACCUGGACGAUGAUGUGAGACGAGAGAGUUUUGCAAGAGGAGAUGGCCAGUCAUUAGACUCAGUGCCCAAGGAUUUUCGUGACAGUGGCAAAGAUGUUCAGAGCCGUAGUCCGCAGCACCUAGGCAUUCCUGAAGAGGACAUUGACAGGCUGGUCAGUGAAGCAGAACAAGAAAGCCACAGCCAGGAAGAAGUAGCCCUCAGCUUGCAGAAGGUGCAGAGGAUGCUGGAGGCUGAAGAAAGUCGUCGAAACGAGCUCCUUCGGCACAUCUCUGAUACAAGCGCAGACGUUGGAGAUCACGGCGAGUUGGGGGUUGGUCGGCGGAUGAGUCACACCACGUCCACAGACAACGGCUACGGCUCCUGGGCAAGCAAACUUGUCUCUGCGCAGAGCACCAGCUCAGAUGGUGCUGGGUUUGAACCUGACGCAGGAGUUGAUGCAGAUGGAUUGCCUGCCUGCUACGUUCAGGAAAAUUUAUGUGUUGGAAAAAAUGAGUGGGUAAAAGAUUCAGCCAGUUCUUCAAGUUCUGAGGGACAUGCUGGUAUUAUAUUCAGAAGACUUCAGUCCGCUAAAGAGGCCAGUCUUGAUAAAUCAGCUCAAAAUGCCUCUUCAGAUAAACCUUUCCAGGAUGAUGAGUUCUUCUGAAUGCACUGGCAAGCUGCACAUUGCUGGAAGUUGCGUUUUUUUGUAUUUUAAACAAUAUACAAUUGUACACACAGUUGGGCACAGAUAACAGGAACACCCAAAACUCAAAAUCACGGAUAGCUCAUCAUGCAAUUUGCAAUUCCCUGACUUGUUAUCUCUCAACUUUUUCGUCAGCGGUUAAUCCGAAUUAUAUAUGUGUGUCGAACUCAUUUGUCAAACCGUUAAUGUGUUUGAGUUAUCUGUGCCUCACUGUACUAUGUAUUGUUAUUUUUUAAACUUAUCUUUGUGGGAUUGUUACAUAUAUCUAUCUCUACAAAUUUCUAUUUUGUAUGAAGGCUACUCUAUGAGCCUUUCCUGUUCUGCUGGUCGGAACUAUACAUACAAAUACUGCAUGUACUUGAUAGUUACUACAUGUAUAGAUUUCUUCUAUAUAUUUAUUCUUUUGUAUAUUCCUAAUUUAGCUUUUUAAUUUUCUUUAAAUUUCUUACUGUUUUGCUACAUUAAGAUCUGAGGUAUGUUAUCACACCUUAUGUUUAUAAUAUUAUGAGGUAACACUUUGUAUCAGGGCUUUGCUCGACAUGCUUCACCUUUUUUAAAACAUUCGUCAGGCAUUUGGUUUAAUAUUACUAUUAGCUCAUCUAGUACAGGGUGACACUGAAUUUUCGUUUUAUACGGGUUCUUUGAGGACAACGUCACCAGCAACACCCUCAAACACUUGAUUAGUUGAGAAUGAACAAUGCUAAUCAAAUUCGCUACACUGACCAGAACUUGUGUGCACUAAGUGAUUGACAACUUUCAUAAAGGAAUGCAUGCUGGUUCAUGGUUGAAGGAUAAACAUGUUGAGCACUACCGUUUGAAAUAACACUCUGAUUAAGAUUUUUAUGCAAACCUUGACGUCAAAUGUAAGCGUAAUAAACUUUGACUUUGAUACAAAAGUGUCAAAACAUUUUGAAUAGCCUGUGAUACGAUAUACAUUUUUGGCUUCAGUUUUUAUGUUUCCAUUUUUUCAAUAAAGUCCAUUUCUGGUCUUUUUUUUUUUUUUAAAGUUACUUUUUCAAAAUGUCUGCUUAAAUUAAGUAAACUUUUGUUUGCAGAGUUGAAUUUUAUGAUUCCAGAUUUUUGAAGUAAAUACUUAUUUGAAUAUUAGAGUUAGAAUUUUAUGUGGUCACCCUGUAUCAUGAUGGGCUAUAGUGCUGAAGGCCCUUGUUCAAGUCCCCAAUGGACUUGGAAGUUUUCAAGGGUGUCUGCCCACUUGGUUGGAUUUUUUUAGAAAAGGAUGUUAAAUUUGAGCCUGACCCUUAAAUACUGUCUGGCAAGCAUGUAGCGAAUACGCACACAGCGAACAGAUUUUCAGGUUCCAAAUUUUUUCAUACACAGUCAAACCUGGCUAUACCGCCUACCUUGGAUGAGCAUGAAGUUGGCAGUACAGCAGGAUUUCACUGAUAACCAUCUUUACUAAUGGUGGAGAUCAGAGACAUUGUGGCCAGUCUCGACUCAUCUAGAUGAUAGAUCAGCCUUGUGUGGUUGCCAUGCACAGGGAAAAAGGAGUAGCAACCAAUUACAUGUACAGCUCCAGCUGAACUUUACACAAAUUCAAUUUGAAAAUUCUGUCAGAUCAGAAACUAGGCUACGUUAUGUGUGUAAAGGGCCCUGUAGAUGCACACCUUUUCUACCCAAUAUUCAUUAGUAUUGGGGCGGCCUCAAACCUGUCACUUAGUAAGUUAGUAUUGUGAGUCAUGACACAGGAUUAGAAGCCUUACGUUCACCAACCAGCCUUUUGGUCACUGGGCUGAUAUCUGUUGAUACUAUAUAUUUUGCCGACAGGCCGAUGUGAUGCAGUUCUUUUGAAGUUUCUCCAGAUGACUUUAAAAUUUAAUUCCAAUUUUUAAAGGAAAAUUGGUCAAAGACUAAAAAUAAUAGCAUUUCAGCGUAAAUUAUGAGCGAAUUGGCGACAAAUGCUAGAAAUAGGCCAGACUCGCAGAGAAAUGAGCGGAAAAGAGAUUAUCGAGCAGCCACUGAGUGAGUGCUGCGCACCAUGUGUUGUGUGUGCCUCUGGUGGCCUAUUCGCUGGUGGUAUAACAGGACAAAUUCAUAUUAGUUUAAUAGAGACUAUACAACAGUUGGUGGAUGGCGGUACAUGUAUAAUGACGCAAAUACUAUGUUUAUAGGCAUUCCUUUUCGUACAUUGACAAAAUUGGUGGUAAGUGGGGCUGGCGGUGUAAUGGGGGCAGUACAACAGGGUUUGACUGUAUGUGUGUAUUCUUUGUUUUUAAAACAUAUCCUUAGCGAAAUUUAUCUGAAAUGAAAAGAUUUCCGUGUCCCACUGAUUUCGACAUGUGCUUGCUAGACUAUAUCUUACUGUGUUGAAAGUGAUGUUCAACCCGUACACUUACCAGUUAUCUAUGAGAUGCAAUAUAAUAUCUAUUCUUUGCUGUGAUUUGAUUAUUUGCUUUCAUGUGGUGUCUCAUGGAACUAAAUGUUUAAUAAAGUUAACGUGUAUAAUGCUUCUUUUUUCAUUAAUAUUAAACAAUUUUG